AUGGACAAUGAACAGACACAGCCUCUGCACUCACCGCCUCAAGCCAUCAUAACACCCUCGCCUGCAUUAUCGCAGACAUCCACCGUCUUUGACUCCACACCGCGACCUCCACGCCAACGAGCAACCUUUGCCCGACCGGCUUCUGUGGAUGAUGGACAAUACACAGUGAUCAAGAACCACGAGGACGACAUCACAGAUGCGUCGCCUUACAAUGACGACUAUAACGCUUCCAAGUUACAUGGUCUAGGCAUCAAUGUCGACAGAGAUUCUGAAGUGGACUUGAAGAUGGGGGCUGAUAUGAAGAAGGGUCCUGCUGUUGGGGAGCAUGAGUUACCAAUGUGGAGUCCCAGGUCUGCGGUCAAGGCCUCGGCAUUCAGUUCGCAGAGUAGCUUUCCGCAGGGUACGGCGUAUGAGCCUGACAUACAGCGUCUGCGCAACCGUCGCAGCUUUGCAGAGUCGUUGAAGGCCGUCUAUGAUGUCAUGUCCGGCAUCUUUCUCAUCCUGGCUAUUCGUGGACCGCGAUACAAUUGGAUUCGCAAAGGCGGUAAUAUGACACCGUACAUUGCAGAUCUACUCACAGCGUUAUUUGCCAAAACUAUCGAGUUGUCGUUUGCGACAGUGUUUGUUUCGUUUCUCGGACAAGUGCUCUCACGUAGAGCGUUCAUGAAGAACCAAGGCCGUGGCAUCACGCUUGCUGAGAUGGAUAUGCGAAGCUGGGUCAUGCAGCCCGGGACCAUGAUCACGCACUUCGAAGCCCUCAAGUCUAGUAUCCUAUCUUUCCUUGGUGUGCUCUCGCUGGUUGCUGCCGUGGUGGCUAUGCUUUACACCACAGCGUCCGAAUCUCUGGUACAGCCAUAUCUUCGCUACGGCCCCUGGGAACGAGGUUCGAUGCAAGGACUGGUCAAAACCAUCUUCGCUAAUCCAAAAUAUCUGGGAAUAAAUUGUGCAACACCGAUUUCAGCCACACAGGAUGAGCUUGCGGGUAGUACCUGUCUUCAGAUUCAAUAUGCUGCGCACAGCUACUACAACUAUCAACGCUACAUCUCUGACUGGUCGACUAUCUCGAGAAAUGGUAAUGGGUCAAGCGAUCCUAUCCAUCGACCCAAGGGCUUUGCGAUGAUAUUUGAAAACACUACGGUUACGGCUCCUUGGGUUGACUUGGAGUUCAGCGAUGUCGCAGCAAAUUCGAAGAAACAUCAGAGGAUCGUCAACAAUGUGACGCUGGCUUUGCCGCAUUCUGGUGUACCUGGAGCAGCAUGGGACUCGGUCAACAAUAUUUUACAGCCAGAGGAUUUGGAUGGCCAGGGCGUGUAUCAGCUCCAAGCUUCUGUCCCAUCUCCAGCGGUCAACGUUCUGUGUGCACAAAUGACGAAAGAAGAGCUCUCGCCAAUUGUAUACACAGAAUGGAACAACAAUACUCUGAACACUACACAAUGGCCCACGGGAGCACAAUUGGCUUUCUACCAACCAGGUAAUGUACCCAAUGGCACCUAUCUCAACAAAACGGUCGUCGACGACAUCUUCGAAUGGGGAGAGCGAUAUCAGACAUCCCCUCCUGUAUUCGCCAAACUGCCUAUAAGCUACAACACCAUAAUGAAUCACACGGGCGUGUAUGGAAGGAAAGCUAUCUAUCUGUUGGGGAGAGAUGCAACAGACAACUAUGCCCUCUGCUCUCUUAAAGUAUUCCAGACGCCCUUUUGCUCCACCGAAUACAAUGCCUCAGUGGUGGGAGCAAGUCUCGAAGCGAAAUGCUCGAAUGAGAAAGACGCAGCACUGACAACCCCAAUGCGAUUCAUUGACAGUAUAACAAACGCUACCUCGGGAAACGACACCAUCAGUUUAGAUUGGCCCAGCAUCGGCACCGAAUGGUCAAACUCUCUGUCUCUUAACGACGGCAUCUUGGAUGGUCAAGCCGCCAAUGCACGUUUACUCACCGAGCUCAUUGUUUCUGGCCCCUCAUUACCUCUGGAUCGCCCUUCGAUUGCUGAAGCUCUGGCAGUACUUGCUUCCUCCACUUUACUCAUGUCCUGGCAAGACGCCCCCUUCACCCAAUUCUGGAAUUACUCUUCAGUAUCCUUGUCACCCGGGCAAUAUCAAUACUUCAACGCCACUCUGCGAGCCCAGGAAUAUGCUUCCGGCGGUAAUGGCCAACAAGCACCUCACGGCUUUUUCGUCGUGCUGUUUGCCAUUUUCGUCAUCAAUAUUAUUUGCCUUGUAUACUUUAUCUCACAAAACGGACUCGUCACUGAUUUCUCGGAACCGUUGAAUUUGUUUUCGUUGGCGGUCAAUUCGCCGCCGAGUGAUUUGAUGGCGGGGGCUUGUGGGGGUGGACCCAGGNGAGAACAGUAUAGGGGACGUUGGUUUGUUAAUGCGGCGGGCGAGCAUUUGUUCAUGGAGAAUAAGGUCGAUGGUAGGGAGGUGGGUGAUGAGGAUGUGAGGGGCUUGCAGGGGCAUCAUGGGUUGGGAGUCGGCGGAUUGAGCCCGUUGAGUCCUAUGAGGGUGGCUUACGAGAAGAUGAAACAGCAACAGGAAAGUUCUGCCAUCACAGCUGUGUUGAGGCAUGCCAUCAACUCCGCUAUUUCGUGGUGGACAGGGAACGGGGAAAGCAAACAAGGCGUGCCCGUGCUGCCUGAACACCAACAGUUGCCAAUAUAUGUCGAGGGCGACAAUGUUGUCUUCUACUGUGUCAAAAAGCUGGUGGAGUGGCCAGUACGAAAUGAGGAAGCAGAGGAAGAGUUUGCCAGAGCAAGAAGAGGAGUUAAGGAGAAGAGGGAGAAAGCUCGUACGGAUCCCAUGAAUGCGGCUAUGGCAGAAAAUCUCUCAUAA